UCCAUCUUCAGGUGAGAAAGGAAGACACCUACUCAGUUGGGCCCCUUAGAAAGAGCUAAUCUCAAUCAUUGGAUUCUAUAGGAAUCGGUGAUAUCUCGUAGAGCAGGUCAUGACACCCAGCUUGGGAAACUAUGCCUUAUAUGAAUAAAAGCGAAUGGCUAUUACAUAAAUGAAGCAAUUAAAUCACAAACUAAUUCAUGUCUACAAAUGGAAGUGUUUACAUAAUGAUACUGCCAUAUAAGAAAAAGUAGUAAGAAUAUCAAAUUCAGUGAAGGGAAGAUACACAAUUCUGUUAUAUAGAAUUCUAUUGUGUGAUGUCAUGUGUUAAUACUACCAAUCAGAAGUAACUGAAAUAAAAUAUAAAAGGGUAACUGCUUAAUUUGCACUCAGGUGUACAGAAGUAGGACAGGACUGUAUGUGGGUGUAGCAUAAGUGUUAUUGUACUGCAAUGAAGCAAGCCUGACCAGUGUUGCAGUGGACAUCAACAGCAGCAGAACACACAAAGUGAACAGUGGUAUACCUGACUGGGGAACACGUUUCUUUAAAGAAACUACAAAACUACAGCAAUAUAACAGCAAGAAAAUUGUGAUAAAUUACAGUCAUUCACACUUAUUCCUAACCUUUCUAAGUUUCUUUUCGCCUCCUAAAUGGGAAAAAUCUGAUAUGUGUCUGCUAGUUUAAAGUGAAUAUGCUCAAAAUAGUAAGCAACUAUUGAGGUAUUAAUUAGAGACCUUAUUAAAUUGCUGAUUAACGGUGAACACAAAACAGUACAGCAGUUUAAAAUAUCUUCUGCAAGAAUAUAUCUGACUUCAGGCACAAUAUGGGACAGCUGUUGCUGUGGGUUAUAAUGUGGCUUCUUCAGCCAUGGAACUCUGAUGAAGCUGCACACAUUGAAGUAAGAAAACUUCCCUUCAAUCAGAGUAAUUCAUUGCCUGAGAGAAUCCUACAACAGAUUAAUUCCACAUCUGUUGACAAUAUAAGUUCAACAUGGUUUCCAAUUUCAAGUACAGCUAAGCACAGGUUUCAAAAUACAAAUGCAGCCCAAGAUCGAGGAAAGAGAGAGACAGAUACCAACCCGUCACAUAUAGCCGUUUUAUACCCAGUGGACAGUAAGCGCAGAGAAGGACCACAGCGAUCUAACAAGCACAAACGAUGCCAAGGAAGAAUCAGGAACGGAAAAGUACAUCAUAAUUCUUUUCAAAAGGGAAUUACCAGUUCCAACAACAUGAAAAAGGAUGAUGAUGUUAAUUAUUACAAAUCAACAUAUCCUUCACUUACUGCUGACAGUGCAAAUGAAAGGGAUAUAGGAUUUAGAGUGGAUAAUGAUGGUGUACCCAAAGUGAAACUCACUGCUGCAACUCAAGCUGUGGAUAAUGGUUGUGAGGCCAACACACCCCACUCAUUUGCUGGUUACAUACAGCAAGCAUCUAAUUCUGAUGAAGGAAGGGGCGAAGGGGCUAGACUCCAACAGUUACUGACAGCAGGUAAUGGGUAUAGAGCUGGUAGUGACAGUUUAAAAGAACACCUAAAGAAUAACAGAAGAGAACCAAAAUUUAAUAAACAUAAAUUCUGGAAACCAUCAGAAGAUAAAAAUGGACAGGUCAACACUGAAUAUCAGAAUGAAGGGAGUACAAAAACAAGCACUCAGAUAUCUUCCCAUUUUUUGAGUGACUCCUAUACAGACCCUAGCCUCCAAAAUGGGCUGGGGAGACUGGGCCCUCUGAUAGAAUACCAUUAUCCACAUGAUGAUACAAAAUCAGUGUUUCAAAAUCCUCCACUCAAGGAAAGAGUUUAUCAAAAUCCAACUCUAUCAGCAAAAGACUUAUUCAAAAACAACUACUUCCCACAGUCAUCAAUGUAUCACAGUCAUCAGCAUGAUAAUGCACAAAUUUUGGACUCAGAAUUGUAUGGUAACAGAUAUGAAAAUAUCUACUGGGAACCAGAAACACAAAGUGAGUACCAGGAUGCACCAACAAAUCUUGAAUUGAAGCAUAAUAUGAAGUCUAUCACUGAUUCUGAACCCUUUAUAACAGGCCAUGUCAGUGAAGAUAAUUUAAACAAAGAUACUGGAAUAAAUGAAGACAUAAGACACAAUAUGGUGGUUAGUGGUAUGCCUUUGUAUCCUUCAAGUGGUGAUAGAAGACUGAUGCAAGAUCACUUUCUGUCCCAAAAUGGCAUAAACAAUUCACCUUAUAUUCAAGGACCACCAAGCAACAUGGAAAGAUAUCUUCCUGGCAAAUCCUCUGGAGUACUGCAAGAAGAUGCAGUAUCAGUUCACAGCAUGCCAGGUGCAAAAGAUUCUUCCAUACAUUACAGUGAAAAACCUGCUGUGUCCAGUAAGAAACUGAAACUCUCAUCAUCUCAGGAUGGAAUGUGGAGAAAAGAUUCAAGACUGACAACGGAAAAUUCGAUACUUUCAUUGCCUACUGCCAGUCACAAUAUAAUACCUAGCAAUUUGCACAAGCAUACACCCAAAUUUCACAGUGAUUUUGAUGAAAUGAUAAAUAACAGGGAUAGUCAAAAGUUGAACAAUGACAUUGCGUCAACACAUCAAGAUGUACCUGUCACUUCUCACUACAUUAGUCACAAAAAUAAAAUUCCUUCUGGUGAACUAUCUUGCUUCACAGAAGUUAAUGAACCAAAAGAAGGUUUACAGUUAAAGUACAAAAAUGAGUACAGAACUUCACCACAUAACUAUGAAGUUCCACCGCUUACAAAUGUGCCAACAUGGGAAGGACCAAUGACAGACCAUUCAGAGUAUACCCAGAGGGUCGCCAGUACCUCUCACUACAGAGAUGAGGCAGGAAGAUAUUUCAGCAGUAAUGGGAGAAAUCCUGCCUUCAAAAAUAUACAUUUUCCAACGUCAAUAUAUCAGGUGACAGAACAAAACGAGGAUUUGCCACCACAUAAAUAUGUUCCCACAUCACAAUAUUAUCAUGAAAUGUCAACACCACCUAACAAUAUCAAUAUUGAAAAUGUGGCUUUUCAAAGCAGAACAGAACCACAACUAUUAAACAAAAGACCAACAAACAACAGACUAAAAGAAGGUACAAAUAACAUGAAAGUUUCAGUUUCUGAGGAAGGUCCCUAUGAUGAGUCUACUUUUAUCUCAGAGAUAAGUGAUAUCUCUAAAUAUUUACCUUCAGCAUCUGAGCCAAGUUCAUAUGAAGCCAGAACUGGAAUUCUCUGGGUACCUGAAGGAAAAGGAAGUGUGACAAGCUCUGCCAAUCAUGAUGGCCGCUUCAAUCUACAAACUAAUUCACAAAAAUCACAGCCUUCCUUUGAUGUAGGUAUGGUUUCAGACCAAACAAAAAGCGAAUUUUCACGUAUAUUUCAGAACACCAUAAAUGAUUUGCACUCUGUCCCUAUUUCGUCUGUAACAUCUUUGAAACAUGCACAUUUGGCAUCUACACAAACAAGCUUAAUCAAUACGGAAACUAGGAGCAAAUCUGAAGAUAUGCUCUUACCAGUCAACACCCUAGUACCCCAGUACACUGUAGAACCUGCAGAAGUUAAAGACACUUUAGCAGGAAUUUAUUCUGCAGCGACAUAUUCACCUCUUUUAACUACAGUUACUGUGGGAGCAUAUCUUCCUGGUUCAUCUGAAGCUUAUCCACAAAUGGCAGUCUUGAAUGGGUAUAAGAAUGCAAGGAAUAUGGGAGAGGAUGUAGCCCCAACACUGCACUCAAAUGGUGGUUACAAAAAUACACUGCACAGUGUAACAGAAGCAGUAACUGCAGAACAAAAUCACGAUGUCUCGAACUCAGCUACAGAAUUACCAUAUGAAUUCAAGAAGCAAUCCUUUCCAGAAUCAGUUCAGUCUGACACAAAUUUUGGGAAAGAAAUGCAGGAAAAACCGGCUAUAGAAAGUGAGCAAUCAACAAGUGUCAUGCCAAAUUUGUACAAAAUGAACGAGGUACAACACGCUGCACUCUCAACUGCAGACACAUCUGACAAUGAUGCAAACACAGGAGACAUAACUGAACAAACUAAUUUGCAUGCAACAGGGCUGCCGAUAGAUGAAUUAAAAAAUCAGAUUGGUUCGGUCCCAAUGAAUACAAAAUAUGAACCAAUUGCAAGAGAUGAAGUCACACAAGGGCAGGACACAAAUUACUCUGUGACCUCAAUGACAGAUUUACAGUCUGAACCACAAUACAUCCCUUUGUCAGAUGUUGCAGACAAACUAGAUGCCCAUACAGCGAUGGCUUCGACAGCAGCAUCAGAGGUCUAUAAGAACACAAAUCCCAGAAAACUACUUGUGCCUGAUAAAAGACCAUCACCAGAAAAUGAAGGAAAUUAUUACUUUCCUACUGCAACAGUUUCAUUGCCAGAGACUGUGACAAACACAGUUUAUAUAAAUGCUGAACCUCCUGAAAUGUUAACACCAAUACAGGAACAAAUUUUACAUCAAGUUUAUUCUACCACAAUCAUGCCACCAGAGACAGAAGUCCAUGUAACAACUAAGAAGACAGAAUUAAAAUUAAUCCAAGUACCGGAAACAGCAAUUAAUUACAAAGGAAAGGUGCUCACACAUACAGCAGGAGAUGAACCAGUUGCCCCAAGGGACACAGGAUUAGAGAGGGAGCAACGGGUUUUAGAAAAAGGGGCUGAUUAUGAGUCAGACAAACCAAUACCUGCACAUGAAUUCUCUGAGGACCAUGAAGAGCAAACAGAUACACAAAAGGAUGUUGAAAAUAUACUGAAGACAAAAAAGAAUGAGAGAAAUGACUUGAAUAUGAUCCAAGUACCAGAAACAGCAAUUAAUUACAGAGCAGAUGUACCCACACAGACAGUAGGAUAUGAACUAGUUACCCCACGGGAUAAAGGACAUGAGAGGGAGCAAAUGAUUUUAGGAAAGGGGGCUGAUUAUGAGUCAGACAAACCAAGAACUGCACACAAAUUCUCUGAGAAUUAUAAUGAGCAAACAAACACACAGAAGGAUACAGAAAAUAUAUUUAUGACAAGAACAAAUGAUAAGACUGACUUUGAAAUUGCUGAAGUACCAGAACCAGGAAUUAAUUACAAAGUGAAGGUGCCCAUAUACAUAACGGGAGACAAACUUCUUACCUCAGCAAGGGGUAAAGGGCACGAAAGGGAGCAGCUGACUUUGGAUGAGGGAGAUGUUUACAAGUCAGACAAACGAAUAACUACACACCAAUUCUCUGACAACAACGAAGAGCAAAUAAACACAUACAAGGAUUUUGAAGAUACAUUUACGACAAAGGCAAUUGAAAACUAUACAAGUCCAGGUAUUCUGAAAGCUGAAACAUAUAAAUUUACAUUAGCAGAGACAACAACAUUCCAGACUGUUGCAACACCCACAGCAAUGAACGGAAUAACAGUGACAAGUAGCCCUACAGAAAGAUCAGACACUCCACAAAGCAUGUACUUCACAAUACAGGAUGAAGAUGGAAGAACGGGCAACAUUAAUAAGUAUAAUAAUGAUAAGGAUCUUGUACAGAAGAAUGACCCACAGUAUCUACAUACAGAUGAGUACGAUAUUUCACACAGCAACCACCUCAGUACAACAGCACAAGAAAAACGCUAUAACAAUGAGCACACAGGAAGUCCUUCAAACAUGGAAUCUGACUUUGAAGAUGCUGCACUUGAUGUGAGGAAUCAAAACGGUGCACACAAAGAUGAAGAAGAAGAAAAAGGCUUACAUGCAUUUUAUUUCACUGUUCCAACACUUGCACCUCAACAAAAUGGAGUUACAAGUAACUACAUACAACUUUAUGAAACACAAUUGGGAGAAAGUACUCAGUCACCUCCUGAAAUACAGAAUAAGCAAAAUAAUGUAAUUCCUGAUGAACAAAGUAUGAAUGGGUACACACCUCCAUUGGAGAUAACUGAUCAUGCAGAAAUCCCUGCCUUGCAGCAUCUUACUCUUGGGCUCCAGAACUCAGAGAGUUUUCUAACAAAAAAUAUUUCACUUGGGAAGAUUGGAGAUAUGACAAAAUCACUGCAGGAUAUUGUUAAUUCUACAAAAAAUAUAAAAAAGCCACAUCAGGACCAAGACUUCAUUCCAGAUCAUAAUGAACGACAAUUAUCUGACUCUCUUCAACCAGCUGUUUACGCAAGAAACAAGGAAGAUACAGAAUCUGAAACUAAAGAUGCCAACCAUGUUCCCUUUCACCAAGAAAUAUUAUCACCCAGUUAUAACAGACAACUUGUUCCUGAACAUAAUACAGACAGUUCCACAUUACAGAUCCAAAGUCAGUAUAAGAAUGCAGAAAGAUAUCACAGUUCAUUACAACAGACAGCUGAACCUAAACAUACACACAAAAACCACAACGAGGAAUUUGAUACUGCUACACAAUACACAUCACCACAUCCUCUGACCGAAAUAAAGGAACAAGAAUGUUGUAUACACUGUAAUAACAUUUUAAUUAGUCAAUCUAAAGACAGAGAAGAUUAUGUGAAAAAAGAGGGAAAAGGAAAAUCAAUACUUUUUCCACCUGAUGAUGUAACAGGAAUAUUGCCAGAAUAUAUACAAUCAAGAAAUGGUAUAGGAGGUUCAAUGGAACCUGGAAGAUCAGAUGAUUUGGGAGAAAUUUUAAGAGAUUAUAAAAAUCCUGAAUAUGUAUCAAGAAUUGUGACAAACAAUGAAAAACCUGAAGGUGUAACAGAGGCCGCAAAAGAAAAUAAGCCUGGUGUAAUGAGAAACGGACAAGCAGGAGGUGUUCGAACAGAAUAUAAUCAAAUGGAAGAAGAACCAGACUACAAACAACCUGAUGAUCCAACAACACUACGGAGAGACUACAAGCAGCCUGAAUAUGAGUUACAGGUUGAAUAUACAACAGAGGACCACAAAGUUCUACAAUCUGGAGUUGUGACAGAACAAACGAUGACUCUUCAAGGUGAAUCAAAAAGAACUAGAAAUACACAAAACCUUUAUACAACAAAUGCAAUAAAGGAAUCUGGUGAAGAUACUAGGAACACAAUGAAUACUUACAAAAAAACACUAAUGUUCUUGCUGCAAAAUAAAGAGAAGAUACAAUUAUUACUGGAUCUACCAUACUCAUAUACAAUGACUUCUACUCCUGCAUUGCCCAUAAGAAGAGAAAUUCAGUCACGACUGAACAGAGAACCCACAGAAGACCAGGGACAAGUAAUACCCAUGAACUUAGCUUUCAAGAAAAUUAAACCUUCCAAUGUGGAUUACAGUUCAAUAGAAACUACUGAUAUAAACCUGGAACAACCAAAACAUGUAAACAUGGAUUCUGUCAAGUCUCAUGAGCUUUCUCCUGUGGAAAGUCUAGGAGGAAAAAACAGACAAGCAAAAUUUUUGAAAGAUAUGCACACAGCUAAAUCAGACAGAUGUAAAACUACAAGCACCUUUAAUGAUGAACAUAAUUUAAGAAACCAAGAAACAUUGCAACAACCAUGUAUAUCAAGAAAAGAAUACUCAAGUCCCACAUUCAUGGUACCUUCUGUAAACGUAGAUAGAUCAGACCGGCUACGCCAGAGGAACAAACAACCAAAACAAAAACUUGAAUUGAAGCCAGGCAUCAGGGAUAGUGAUGAUACAUGGGGUACAUCUGUGAAUCUAGCCCAUCUGCCAUCACAAAAUAGCAUGAGGACAGAGUGUUCUAAUUGUGGGCCUUGGGCACUGCACAAAAAUUACUUCUCUAUGCCAUCUGCUAGUCCCAGACUGGAUCAUCACUUGUUCCUUUCAGAGGAUGAAAGCCUAAGUACUGUCCCCACUUCUAGUUAUGAAACAAAUAUUAGCAGUGAUCCAGAGUAUGAUUAUGAAAUGGACUCAAGUUUGGAGUCAUAUGAGAUGGAACAAGAUUCAUCUCUGAAUUUCCACAACCAACAGCACAGUAGAAAUAAAAAUGUUCAACGUUCAGAUACUCUAAGUGAGAAAGGAAUGACGCUACAGGAGGAUAUUAUUGAUUAUGAUGCUGAAGAUAAUCAAAGCCUCCCUGAUGACUCCGAGUUAGAUACUGGCUCACCUCAGCUAUUCAAAUUUUAUAUGUACAAUGAUGAUAAAAGUUCACAACCAAAAUCAUACAACAAAAGAAAGUCAAAUUCAAAUCACAAUGUAGGGUACAUUCCUGAAGAAAGUUACCAAAAAUUAAUAAAAGAUGAUGUAGUUUCCACAAGGCCUGUGUCUACGGGAAACUGGAAGAAAUAUAAAGGAUCGCCUGAAGGAAUCAUGCACCCCAAACCCUGUACAUCCAAGAAAAGGAGCUAUAAGACACAUAAGCAACACUCACCAAAUGAAGACAACAUUAGAAGUUUCUCCUUGGGAUUCAAGGAGAGGAAAAUGAAUAAAGGAUACAAUGAUGACAAUGCAGAAAUAAGGCAUUACAACUCUGGUAAAAGGAAAUAUGAGCAACCAUCUGAAUGGGAAUUUCUGAACACAGAAAACAGGCAAUCUUCACCAUUUAGUGAGGCAUAUGAUCAGUCCAAAGAACAUUCAAGUCAUGGAGACUGUAGUGAAGAAACUAUUACACAAGCUUCUCCAGAGAUAAGUUUAAAAAAUGCCAAUAAAUUCAUCGAUGGUGACACAAUUCGUACGUCUGUGAAUGACCCCUCAUACGACACUGAAGUUUCCAACAGGUAUAAUAAUAAUAAUAAUUAUAAGAAAAUAUUGCCUUCAGUAAAAAUGCAAAAGAUUUCUAAAAAUAAUUACAAAUAUUCCAAUGAUUAUGAUUAUCCUAUUAAAUAUCAUGAGCUAUCAAUGAAAGAUAAUGGUCAGCGAUUUAAUGAUAUUCACCAAACUAUCCCUCAACAUUUACUUCACCAGAAUAACAAUCGUAUAUUCCAUCCGCCUGAAGAUAACGACAAUUCAUGGGGUGAUGCCUACCAAACAAACGUAAGUGAUGAGAAUAAUGUAAUAAGAAGAACAAGAAAUGCAAUGCAAUACACAACAACAGGUUCACCACAAGAGAAAGAGAAGGAUUUGUACCCACAAUAUCAGUCCAGAAGCUGUCAGUCUUAUAACUGUGAAGGUGUUCUUGCAUCUGAAGUAAAAAUUGUGACAGCUAUUCUAAAAUGGCUGAACAAUAUGGUAACAGACAUCAAGAAAACGUAACACACCAAACCAGGGUUACAACUGCAGAUGAAUACCGUAACAAGAGAAUGGACUGAAGGAACAGAAAACAAACAGGGGUAAUUCCAUGGGGCGGAGUCCUCCUUGAGUAACUGACAGUUGCUCAACAAAUUCCUAACCUUUGUGAAACCAAAGGUUUGUUCCUAUGUUCAAAAUUCUAUCACUGGACCCCAUCCAAGCCAGCUGAAUCAAGUCCACACCCUCACAUUCUAUUUAAGAUCUAUUUUAAUACUAUCGUCUCAUUCAUGCCGCAUCUCCCGAGCAAUUUCUUCACUUCGGAGUCUUCUGAAUAAAAUUGUGUAUGCAUAUGACAUCUUCAAUUAUGUCAUUUGCCUGAUCAGUCUCAUCCUCCUUCAUUUAAUCAUCCUAGCAAUAGUGAAAGACUGUUUGGAACUUAUAUGAUGUUUAUAAUUUCCUGUUGCAGUCUCUACUUCUAUGUACUUAACAAUUUGCAUGCUUGACCUUUGCUCAGUAACUGAAGGGGGGAGGGUGAGAGGGGAUUGAAAAUAGGUUUUCCACUACCCAAUCUCUGAACUGACAGUCAAAGUGGAUCUUUCAGGUGAGCCAGUUUCAGACUAUGUGAUUUUUGAGCACUGCAUGGGUCAAGCUCAUAGAUUAGUGGCAGCAACUGCAUUGGUACAAUACUUUGUCCUGUAGCAACUA